GCCGGUUGCGGCGAGUUUGCACCACGACGGUGGGUGCGGAAGGCGGCGACGAACUCGACGGCGACGGAGGCAACUCGGGCUCCAGCGGUCGGCUGCGGCGCAAGGGACGACGACGGCCGGCUCCGAAGGUGGAUGGAAUUGAGCUGAGUGCCACGUCAGUUGAAACCGCCGUCCAAAUCACCGAGGAGCUUUACGUGUCAUGUUUACUAUAGCGAACUUAUCCCUUCCCUUGUUGUAUCCGUCCUUUGUUGUCCCUCUCUAGGGUUUCCACUUCCUUCCUGCUCGGAUUCCCAUGGACGGCCCGUCGGGUUGGUUCCUGAAGGUCCCUCCGCCGCUCCACACCGUGGAUCCGCCGGGCUCCCCUCCUCCUGCCUCCAUCCUCCUCGAGCCAUACGGCUACUUCAGCGACCGCACCAACCACACCACCGCCAGGGGCCUCACCAGGGGCGGCAAGAACAUCGUCUUCACCUUCUGGACGGCCACCCCGCCGCGCGCCUCCUUCUUCACCCUCCAUUCCCCCGACGACACCAAGUGCUCCGCCUUCGCCGACGCGCCCGACGCCGUCUGCUCCGACCACCACCUCCUCCUGCUCCGCAUCCCCAUCUGCCUUGAGGCCACCCAAAUCUACGCCAUCAACAACCACUACUUCGUCUACCACGCAGGCGGCGACGGCGAGCAGCGGCUCACGCCGGUCCCCACGCCCCCGGGCCUCACCUUCGCCUUCCCCAACAGUGAGGUCGUCCUUCUGCGCCGCCGCCGCCCCCGCGAAGCCUUCUUCCUCGCCGCGCUCCAUCGCCCCACCCUCUGUCGCCAGUACACCCACGAGCAGUUCGAUCUCCACCUGUACAGCUCCGAGACGGGGGAAUGGAGCACCAAGCUGAUGGUGAGCGUCGACGCCGAUGAUGAUGAUGAUUCAACCAGCUUCAGAUUUUCCUACGCUAGCAAGGCGAUUGUUGUGGGAGGGGAGCUCGGAACCGUGGGCUGGGUCGAUCUCUGGCAUGGCAUCCUCGUCUGCGACAUCCUCCUCGACAACCCUCGCCUCCGCUUCAUCCCACUGCCGCCGCCGCUGGUGCCCAGGCAACUCAAGGGAGACCCGAUGUUUCAUCGCAACAUCGUUGUUCUUGAAGGGUACAUCAAGUUCUUUGAAAUGUACAACCACACCACCGGAUCUGCCUCUGCUCAAGGUUGGGUGGCUGCAACGAAGAAGAUGAAGAUUUCGAGCAUUGCAUCUGGGAACAGCAGCAGCAGCAGCUGGGAGGACGACUGCGCUAUCAAAUUCUCCGAGAUCCCAGUGGAGAGCCUCACAUUUGCCCAGAUGCUGCGGCUGCAGCCUAAUCUGAAGCAGGGUACGGGUACAACGAGGCUAACUUUGAAGAGACUCCACGCUGGUUAUCCUGCGCUGAGCUUGCACGACAGUGAUGUUGUCUACAUCAUGCACACACCUGAUCCCGACGAGGAGGACAAGGCGUUGGUGAUUGCUGUUGAUAUGAGGAACAAGGCUCUAAAGGGUGUGGCUGAUUUUGGCUUUGGAAGGCCUGUGGGCUACGGUUUCACCUACCUUCAAACUGGGAUCUCCAAGCAUCUCAGCAAUUGUUCUUCUUCCUCCAGGGAUGGAAUUUUGGGAGCAGGCGAGAAAGAAGUUCCAGGUGAGGGUGUUGCAACCGCAGCCUGACUCUUAAGGUUUGAAGCAGGGCAUGGCCGUCAAGCAGAGUGGUGGUACUUAUUAUUAUAGCAAGUUGAAACAAUGCCCUUCACACCUCACCCGUGAUGGCUAGUGUUGCAUUAUCGAUGGACUUGUAUUACCUUACUUCUUUUGCAUUAUGUGAACUAUGGUGCUCUGGACUAUGUGGUACGGUAGCCAUGUGACGUCUCAUAUAUCUUGGUAAAAAAAACAAAAGGUACA